AUGUCUGGCAAGAUGACUGCUAAAUCCCAAGUUGCUACUCAAGUCGUUGUUAAAAAACCAGGAUUCGAUGCUUAUUCAAAAUUAGUUAAAGAAGCUGUUGCUGGAAUUCCAGAACUCAAAGGACUUAAAGUUAUUAGUGCUAAGAAAGUUACUAUUAGCAAAGAUAAAAAGGCUACUGUUAUUUUUGUUCCAUUGAGAAUGAUGAGAAUUUGCAGAGCUUCAUUCGAAAAAGUUAUUGAAGCACUUGAAAAGAAACUUAAUGGAUCAGUCUUUAUCAUUGGUAAAAGAGUUGUUGCACACACUAAGAAAACUGGACAAUCAGGAAAAACUGACUACAAACCAAGAUCAAGAACUUCAAAGGCUGUUCAUGAAGCUUAUUUGAAUGAAAUGUUAUAUCCAGUUGAAGUUGCUGGUCAACGAGUUCAUGUCACCUUAGCCAACAAGAAAAUUGCUAACUCUAAAACUGUCUUUGUUGCUGUUGAUGAUGCUAAAUUAAAGAAUUCAGUUAAAGCUAAGCUUCCAAUUUACUCAGCUGUUUACAAGAACAUUACUGGUGAAAAGGUUAAAUUUGCAUUCCCAGUUGUUGCUUAA